CGCCGCCGUUGACGCCUCCGCCGCUGACGCGUUCGAUGAGCCUAACUUGGCCGAUGUACUGGCUGACCCAGCUGCGGACGGCUAUGAUCGCACCUUCAGCAUGUGCCAGGUCGAAGCAAAGGACUUCCAGGCAACAGUCACAUCUACCGCCUACAGGGUCCUGAAAGGAGUUUGCAAUCCAGCCGAACUCGAGUCGCAUUUGCGUUUGAUGGAGGAAAGAUUGUACCAGAAACUUGAGGAGAUGAAAGAAACCAUGAUGAUCAUCAUGCGUCAAACCAACAGUGACUUCCAACGGUGCAACGACGUCCCUUCUGGCGGCCAGGUACCGCACCCCGACUCUAAGAAUGGAGCAGCGUGGACUGCUGCAUCAGAGACAAGAAAACAGCAUGCUGCAGCACGUGGCUACAGUGCCAGCCCGGAUCCAAAACAUGACAAGUUCGGGGCACCUCAAAAUGACUUCGCCGUGUCACCACUGCCUGAGGGCUCCGACCGGCGGCGUCUGGCUGCUCAAAGUCUUCUGUCGAGGCACCCGCCCAUCAUGACUGCCGACUCCUUCCGGGAGCGGUCCAGCUCCCUCGGCGAGCGGCGCGGCUCCGGCUCCGGCUCCGACUCCGGCUCCCGCCCCGGCUCCGGCCCCGGCUCCAGCUCCGGUCCGGCGGGUGGUGGGUACACCGCGGCGGCUGUACAGCCCCGGUGGACGCGCGGCGACUCUGCGCACAGCCAGCCGUCGACGACGGGUGCGGCCACCUCCAGGGCAGGCGGCGCAGGUCGGCAGGCUAGCUCCAGUCAGCACACUGAGAGAGGCGGCCACCACCUCAGCACCUCGCACCGGCCAGUUUCCCCACCGCAGAGUUCGGGGCGGAAAUGGCCACCAACCUCGCUGCAGUCACUGUCACCAAAACCCAGCCGUGCGGGACAUCAGGCCAAGACCAGAGACGGGCACCAAGGCAGAGGGCAGCAGCGUACCGGAGCGGGCCACGCGGGCAGAGGGCAGCACCAUGCGGAACAUCAGGCCAAGACCAGAGACGGGCACCAAGGCAGAGGGCAGCACCGUACCGGGGCGGGCCACUCGAGCAGAGGGCAGCACCAUGCUGGAGUAAGGCAGCCGGGCAGAGGGCGGCACGUGACAGACACCAUUAGUUUUGUGCCCUCCGCCCAGGGUGCGCCGGCGUCGCGGUACUCGGAGCUCGGCGCCUACAACGACACCGUGUAUUACAUGAACGGGAAGAGGAUGUACUCGUAUUAUUGGAAAAUCGAGGACUUCGGUUUAAAAAUGGCCACCUGGAAAUCUGACCACGCUCUGAGAAGCGCAAGCUUCUACGUUUACCACGGCGGCUACCGCAUGUUCCUACGCCUGUACCCCCGCCAUCAGGGAGCCAGCGUUCUGGUGCGUGCUGGUCUCACAUCAGGCAGGAACGACGAGUCGCUGGCGUGGCCGUUCCGGCUGCCGUUCCGCGUGUCGCUGCUGGACCACUCGGCGCCGCCGGCGGACCUGCAGUCGCGCGUCUGGAGCCCGGCCCGCGAGCCCGUGCCGCACCGGCUGCUGGCCCGCCGGCGCGCGCUGCUCGAGGACGCGCUGCUCGUCAAGCUGGACGUCUUCCUGGACGAGGAGGGCGAUUCGCGCGACGCGGACCCGGACGCUUGGGCGGCGGAGCGCGGCGCGCUGCACAGCAUGCUCGAGUUUAGUCCGCCGGCGGUGAGCACGUCCGCCUCGAUGCUCUCCUUCUUCAACAUGGACCCGUCGCAGCAGGGCGCCUUCAUGUUGGGCAGUCCGCCGCUGGCGGCGCUGCAUUCGAUGACGGAGAUGAAGCAGGCGAUGCUGCAGUACAACAAGACGGCUGGUGCUCCUGGGCCCGUGCGUGAUGUGGCCCCGCGGCUGCUCCUGAGCCCGUGCGUGAUGUGGCUCCGCGGCUGCUCCUGA